AUGAAGUCGUUAUUUGUUGUCGAAAUCCUAUUUGUUGGUCUUAUCUUUGUCUACUCUCUAGACCCUUCAACCGUUGUUUUGGCUUUAAAUUGUGGAGCCUCUACUCCAUAUACGUCAACCUUUGGUUUUGUUUAUGCCGCUGAUAACUAUUAUACAACUGGGAGCUCUUAUGCUUGCUCGUGCAGCAUUGGGCGAACCCAGAACCAAACCCCAUAUAAGGUUGAACGAUAUAGCACAACAACUCCUUCUUGAGGGUACAGAAUUCCAAUUUCAACAGACGGAACUUACGUAAUAAUCCUUCAAUUCGCAGAAAUUUACUUUACAACAACAAAUUCACGGGUUUUCACAAUUAAAAUCGGAAAUUAUGUGGUUAAAUCAAGCUUAGACUUGGUAGCACAAGCAGGACCCAAAAAUGCUUGUGACCUUUUUGUCCAAUUCACGCUUACCUCUGGAGUUGUUUACAUAAAUGGAAGCUCUGUUACUGGCGCAUAUUCCAGUGGUAAACUUGUGCUUGAUUUCUAUAGAAUUACUGAAAAUCCUAAGAUUUCAGGAAUUAUAUUGGUUAAAGGAGACUGCAGUGUUGCUGACAAUUGCAAUAUGUGCUAUGACCUUAAAUGCAUAGCAUGCAAUUCUUCUACAGUUACCUGCACAGCUUGCAUUGCAAACGCAACGCCUGUUAGUGGAGUUUGCAAAUGCAAUGCUAAUGCUAUUUACGUUACAGCUUCAAAUACUUGUGUUAUUUGCGAUGAUUUAUGUGGGAGUUGCAUCAGUUCAACCCCGUUUUUAUGCAACUCAUGCCCAUCUCCUUAUUAUUUAGUAUCAAGUGUUUGCUUAAGAGCUUGCCCCUAUGGCUUUACGAGUCCUUGUGUUGCAGUUUCUACGAUAGUCAUCGAUACAAACUUUGCAACGUAUUUUUAUGGAACUUAUGGCCUUUUUAAAACUGGAACAAGCGGGAGUAGCUAUUAUUUUUUCAAUUCUCCUGAAAGUGCUGCUGACCCAAUUCCUGUCAAGAAUCGUGGGCUUUACUUCUCAGGAGGGACUUAUUUAGAAACAAUUUCUGCUGUUUAUUUUUCUCUCAAUUUCUCACUUGGAAUUUGGGUCUGGAUUAUUCCAGGAUCAGGAAAUAUCAUGACUCACAGCAGUGGCUAUAGAAUUAUCAUUACGGAAACUGGUGUGCUAAAAAUUACAUUAGAAAACCAACUGGAAGCUGCUCUGCUUGUCACAACAAACAGCUUAUCCCCUGCUAAUAGUGCAUGGGUGUAUCUUUCUUAUGUCAUAUCUUUUGCAUCUCCUUCCACAACAAUCAGACCUUAUCUGAAUAACGCAGCCCAGACAUCGGCUACCCAGUCAGGCUAUAUAAGGACCCCCCCCUCAUUUGUCCGAUUUUCUAGUCUUUUAUCAUUUGUCCAAUUUUCUAGUCAAAAUUUUGAUAGAGAAAAAAAAUUUUCAGGACCUCAAUUGUCUCAUUUUCUAGUUUUUUUAAAGUAAAAAACUAGAAUUUAGGGCAUUCGAAAAAAUCCAAAAAAGACUAGAAAAUUGGACAAAUCAUUUUUGACUAGAUUUUGGGACAAAUGAGGUCCUGAAAAAAAAAUUUUAUAAAAAAAAGACUAGAAAAUUCGACAAAUGAGGGGGGGGGUCCUUAUAUAGGGAUCCAGUAAGCAAUACUAUCAUUUUAGGCAAAAGUUCAGCCUCAAAUUUCAAUGGAUAUAUUUACCAAUUUCAACUGUGGAACUCAGCAGUGUCUUAACUUCACUUAAUGAUCUGAUGUUUAAGGUAUCUAGUGCCUCACCCCAUAAAAAUGGAGUUAUAGCUAAACUAGUGACGUCAUGGAGCCAUCUUGGAAUUGUGAUGGUCAGCCCACCGGCCAAGCCUUCUAUCGAUGCUUCGCCUCCAGUCGCCGCACAUCUCACCCGUCGCGUUGCCGUUGCCUUGACUCAGCUCCUGCGCGUGAUCCGCCUAAGGGUCAUUCUCCAGUGGGGCUGUGCUGAGAGGUAAAACUCUGAGCCUCUUGAAUGCACUGAGGAGCUGUUCCUUUGGUUAUCCCCAAAGUUAAACAGCUAUUGCUGUGCAGAAGUUCUCGAGAGAGAAAACCCAACGCCAUAAAUAAAAUGGUAUUCGGCUCGAGAGAAAUUAGCUCUACUAAUUUUCUCUCCCUAAUGGAAUUUUAUUUAUGGAACUCAGCAGUGUCAAAUUUCAAUGCGCAAUACUCAGAUCAGAUAUGUGGGACUGGAGCAACAGCAAGUUGCCUGUGAUCAUGUGAGUUUUUAUAUUGGAUAAACAGCGGGACGAUUACAGCAUGCGAUGGAUCUUGCUCGAAUGGGUGUACGAGAAAUGGAUCUUGCAAUGUUUGCCAUGACCCGCUUUGUAGCGUUUGCAGAGGAUUCAUUGAUGGAUUAUGCGAUCAGUGCGUCACCAAUGCAUCUGGAACGCCUUGCACCUGCAAUGCAGGAUACAUGCUAUCACCAUCUGGAUUCAGCUGCAUCGCGUGCUCGACUGGCUGCUCUGGAUGCACUGGGACUGACUACUAUCAAUGCUCAUCAUGCUUUUCUGGGUAUUUUCUAUUGAAAACCCAAUGCUUAGCCUCGUGUCCCUCAGGAUACACUUCUAAUUCGUCAUCAAACACCUGCGUUCUCUCCAAUUCAAAUGUUUUGAGCUUAAAUUUUCAAAAUCUCAUUCAAUUGGACGCAGUAAAUGGAAUUACUGUUGGCAGUUCUAAUACAAACACUUAUCCAAAAUGGGAAUCGGGAAAUAAAGAUCCUAUACCAUCAAUAUACCGGGGAUACUAUUUUACACAGACAAGAUAUUUGACUACAAGCUCAAUUUCUUUAGGACCAUGGUUUUCUUUACUGUUUUGGAUUAAGGCAACUCAAAAUGGAACUAUAUUUUCAAAGUAUGAUGGAGCAACCUGAUGGCUAAAGAUAUUAUUAGCCUCUUCAAAGCCUCAAUUAACUACCCUUACUUUAUCUGAUGGUACUACCACAUUAGCAAUAACUGGCUCUUCUAGCAUCUCUAAUUCUUGAACUUAUUUAGGUUUUACUUGUGGAUUAAAUGGAUCAGGCCAAACAGUUGUAGCCUUGUAUACAGGAUCCACAAGCUCAGCUACACCAGCAACCGGGCCCACUUUAGCUUCGAUUUCUUCAUUAUUUUAUAAUGAUACAGGAGCACUCUAUCUUGGGUCAACUUCUGAAGGGUUUACUGGGUGAAUUUGGAAUUUUAAUAUAUAUAAUGAUAAUACAUACGCUCUUGCUGGAUGAUUUAAUUCUGGAUGUAACGGAUGCUCGAGCUGUCCUUUUGAGAAGAUAUGCCCCGAUACAUGCGCUUGAAAUCUUUACAAUAAUGCUGGAACCUGCUUUAAUUGCGCUACUAUGAGUUGUUCUCGCGGAUGUAGAAGCACGGAAUCAUGCAAUUUGUGUUUGUACAAAGAAUGUUUAGCAUGCACCCUAUUUGAUGGCCCCUGCUCUUCAUGCAUCACAAAUGCUUAUUUUUCGUCUCCUGGAGUUUGUACCUGCAAUCCUAAUGCCUUCUGGGACACUUCCUCGCUUACAUGUACAAUUUGUGAUAAUCUCUGUGAUCAGUGCCAAACGACAUCAUUAUUUUUAUGCUCUACGUGUGGCUCAGCAUAUGUGCCAGUAUCAAAUGUAUGCUUGAAGAGCUGCCCUUAUGGAUUUGGGACAGGCUGUACUCCUGUUUCAACCCCUGUCAUUGAUACCUCAUUUAAUGGUGUCUUCCUUGGAACCUAUGGAAUUUUUACGACAGGAGCCUCUGCAACAAAAUAUCAAUUCUUUUAUAACCCAGAGUCAGUCGAUCCAAUUCCUGUUAAGGAUCGUGGGUUGUAUUUUGAUGGGCAAAGCUACUAUAUGCAGUCGAAUGUGAAUGUUUAUUUGUCUCACAGCUUUUCUUGGGGAGCUUGGAUAUUUGUUAUAGAAGAUGGUGAUUUUAUGCAAAAAUAUUCAAGAGUCUCCUUUUCUUCCAAGGGGGAUGUCAAGAUCUCUUUAGAAUCUCCUACUACCUCUGCAUCUGCCAAAACAAUAUCUGGCUCAGCAACUUCCUUUACCGGCUGAACAUAUCUUUCAUUGGCCUCGUCACUUGAUUUAGCAGCAAUUGCUACCACGAUUACAGUUUCAGUCAACAAUGCCGUUUUCUCUACCCCCAAUACUUAUACGAAAUUGAUUUAUAGAGAUGUUAUCAAUACGCAAUUAUUUAUAGGAAAGUCAUCACAGAGCUAUUUUCAAGGCUAUAUAUUUGAUUUCAAAUUAUGAAACGUGGCAGUAGACUUCACUAUAACAACUGAUGACAUAUGUGGCGGUGUAACAUGCAUGAGGACUUGCAAUUUAACUCAAUAUUACGAUGGGGCUGAUUGUGCAGAUUGUGAUAAUAGCUGCACAAUAGGAUGCACAAGGACUGGCUCUUGCAAUCAAUGCGAUGACAAAUUGUGUGCCAUAUGCACUGGAUUUGCAGCUGGUCUUUGCACCCAAUGCGUUUCUAAUGCAGGAAAUACCCCAUGUGCUUGCAAUCCCGGGUAUACUGUCGAUAUAAGCGGGUUUUCUUGUAUUAAAUUGGCUUUAACUUGUGCAACAGGGACAGGCUCGCAAUAUAAUCAAUGUUUAACAUGCAAUUCUCCUUUCUAUUUGCUGAACACAAUCUGUACAAAUGAAUGCCCUGAUGGCUAUGAUAGUUCAUCAGGAAAUACUUGUACUUCUUCCUCCAACCCAAGUUUAAGCAUUUCACUGAAUGAAAUUAUUCAACUGGAUACUGUCACUAACGUUGGAACUCUUUCGGUCGGCCUUGAUAAUACCAAUCUCUAUCCGCUCUGAGAAAACAGCGACCCAAGCCCGGCAAUCUAUAGAGGUUAUUACUUCAACACUAAAAACUCACUUCAAGGGGGCGCUUUCCUUAUUAGUCCUUGAUUCACUGUUUCGAUUUGAAUUCGUCCUACCGGGACGAAUGCUCAAUAUGUAUUCUUGAAAAAAGAUGGGACUCUUGAAAUUCUGACCUUUAAAAUUACCAGCAGCACUGCAGUUUCAUUAAAAAUCAACUUAUCGGACCGAACUUUGCUUACUCUUACCCAAACCAGUGGGUCCUCUCUUACUUCUAACUCCCCUCACCGUGAGCGAAAAAACCAUUGAAAAAUCCCUAUUUUUUGCCUAAAAACCACCUCCAUAACUGAACAAAAAAUUUUUAUAAAAAACAUAUUUGGAAUAUAAUCGAUAUUAUUAAUGAAGUCUCUAGUUAAUUCUGUUUAAUUUUAAACAGCUAGCAAUUUACAACUUUAUUUGAAAUUGAAUAAAUUUUUAAACUUCAACAAAACAUUUAGAAACAAAUUAGUCCUCCUCCUUAAGCAAAAAAAAAUUUUUUUAUUUUGCAAACAAAGGGGGCGUAAGUGAAAUUUAAUGGCGUUUACAGGACAAAUAAUUUCAUCUGGAGCAUACCAAAUCCAGUCAUAUAUAAACAAUGCUGCAAGCUCAGCAGUUACCGGCACAGAUGCUACAGUAUAUUUCUUUGACUCGGGUAAACUUUAUAUUGGCUCAGAUUCAUCAAGUCUAAAUGGACUCAAAGGAUUUAUUUACACUCUCAAAAUUUAUACUGACCAAAACAAAAACGCAGCAGAUUGGUCAAGUUCUUGCUCUGGAUGUACUAAUUGUCCAGUUGGAGGAGUGUGCCCCAGCACAUGCCCAAUAAAUCAAUUUCAAAACGGCUCAAGUUGUGGGAGCUGUGAUUCCGCACUUUCUUGUUCAAGGGGGUGCCGAAGUUGGGACACUUGUAGACUGUGUGCUGAUAAAACAUGCUAUAGCUGCACUUCCUUCUCAGGGCAUUGCACUGGAUGCAUUCCCAACGCUUCUCCGUCAGGAAUGAUUUGCGCUUGCAAUUCAAAUGCUAUUUGGGUCCAUGCAACUGAGAGCUGUGAUAUAUGCGACAACUUAUGCAGCAAUUGCGCUACUGCUUCAACAAUUUACUUUGAAUGUUCUUUAUGUGCAGGAAGCAAUGUUUUGGUUGGGACUAUUUGCUUGCGGAGCUGUCCUACUGGCUUUUCAACUCUUCCAUGCACGGCUGCAAAUGUCCCAUUUCUUAAUGAGCAUUUUGAUACAAGCUUUGAAGGCUCUUAUGAUACUUUAGUCACUUCAACAGAUUCAUCUACAUAUCAAUUCUUCAAUUCCCCAGAUCCUGCUGAUCCCAUUCCAGCUAAAAGUAGAGGGCUUUACUUUGCAGGAGCUCAAUAUUUGGUUUCCGAUGCGCCAAUCUACCUUUCUCAUGAUUUUUCAGUGGGACUGUGGGUUUAUCCUAUUUCUGGAGACAUUUUUCAAAAAGAUCCAAUCAUUUCUAUAAAUUCGAAUGGGACUGUGUCAUUUCUGAUGGAGACUGAACUUGAAGUUGUCUCUCUUGAAACUUCAACAGAUGCAUCUCUUUCUGACUGAGUGUAUUUAUCCACCACUGCAGCUUAUUCAUCUGCUUCAACAACGCUUAAGUUCUAUGUUAACAAUGCAGUCUCCUGAACGACCUCAGUUGCAAAUUAAAAUAUGGCGUCUUCGUCUGGGCAUGGCCUCCCGGCCAUGCAGCCUUGACUCAUAUUUUAAUUAUAUCCGGCAAGGUUUUGCAUUUCAGAGAGGGACAGCAAUGCUAGGUAAGCAAUUCUGGUGGAGCUCAGAGCCUAGCCCAAGUCUAUUUUCAGGGAUGUUUUUUCCUCAUGGGAAGGAGGCACGUGAGUUGGAAAGGGGAAGCUCAGCAGAGUCCGUUAGGACCAAUCGGGCAACUCCCUAGCGUGAAACUGGGCGUUACGUCCCAGGCUUCGUGUUUUCCUUUUUGCCGAGAGCCUACCAGAAAAUCCAUUUUUUAUGGAUUUUCGGAAUGGCAACCCAUGUCCUCAAGCGAAGUAGCUCAGUCAUGAGCCGUCGAAGUCGGCAACACCUGCGACUAGGUGCACCUUGGCGUAGCAAAGCUGGUCGACCCAGAGGCCGGUGGGCCCGAUGCGCCAUAGGCAGGCGGAAGCUCUGGGAUGGGCAACCCCGUAAGGGACGUUAAGCGUAUAAAUCUAAUAGAAUAGAACGACCUCAGUUGCAAACAACAUUGUUAGAGAUCAAAAUGGAAGGUAUUUGUAUAUUGGAAAAAGUCAAAAUUCAUUUUUUGAUGGCUUUGUUUAUACUUUUAAACUAUGAAAUUAUGCUGUGAGCAGCUUUUCAACUGAAUACUCAGCAGAUAUUUGUGGAGGAUCUGGGACAUCAUGUCUAUGAAAUGCAGACAUCACCUAUUAUGUUGAUUCUGGGACUAAGCCUUGCCUAACUUCAUGCUCAUAUGGGUGUGUGCGAGGAACAUCUUGCAAUAUAUGUGAUGAUCCUUUGUGUAAUAAAUGCUCAAGCUUCUAUGCAGGUGAUUGUUAUGAAUGUGUUGCUCACGCAAGUGGGACGCCAUGUACUUGUGAUUCAACAUAUUACUUAUCCUCAAGCGGAUCUACCUGCUUAGACUGCUUCUCUGGUUGCUCUACAUGCACAUCUUCAGACUAUAAUUCGUGUAGCCAAUGCAUAUCUGGAUACUAUCUUUUUGGAAGCAUGUUAUGUGAUACGCAAUGCCCUGAUGGAUUUAUAAAAGGUGCAAAUACUUGCCAGCUUGAUCACAGCCUCAUUCUAAAUUUGAGCUUCAAUGAUUAUAUUGUGCUUGAUACCUUGAAUGGGUUUGACGUUGGAAUUGAUAACACUGGCAAGUAUCCAAACUUUGAUGCGAAUGAUCCAGUGCCUGCAAUUAAUAGAGGAUACUUUUUCAAUGGAAAUAGUCUCAUGAAAAUGACUUCGCAAUCUAUUUUUAGUCCUUGCUCUACUAUUCUAGCUUGGACCUAUCCACAGGGACAAGGAGCCAUACUCCUGAAAUCAAGUGGAUCAACUGAGUUCCUCAAACUCACAAUUGACUCUUCAGGAUUUCUUAUUUUAGUGAUAACUUUAAAUGACGCAUCAACUCUGACAGCUAUUGCUUCCACAAAUACUAUGGGAAGUUGGCAUUAUUUCGCCUUCACUGCCUUUAUUGAAGUAAGCGGAGCCACUACAGUUAGCAUUUAUAUUGAUAGUUCUCUACUCACUACCAUGACGUCUGCCUCAAAUACAUACUUUAGAGAUGCUUCUUCUUCAAUCUUGAACUUGGGGAUGAUCUCUAGCUCGUCAACAAUCGGAUUUCAAGGAUUUCUGUGAAGCUUAAAAGUGUUUAACGAUGAAACCCAUAAAGAUGAUGACUGACCCGCGUCUAGUUGCACAACCAGUCCUUGCGUCAGUUGCCCCGCUGGCUCAUUUUGCUCGAGUUAUUGCCCAAUUUGGCAGUACCCUGACACAACAACUUGCUCAACAUGCAAAACUUCUUGUGGAACUCACGGAUGCAGAACUGACCAAACCUGUAGACUUUGCCUACAAAAAGAAUGCUACUCCUGCACAUCUUUUUCAGGCAACUGUUUGACUUGUAUUACAAAUGCUGACUUUGUUGGGACUCAGUGCCAAUGCAAUCAAAAUGCUUUAUGAGUUGAGGCCACUGAGACUUGUGACUUGUGCAACUCGGUCUGUGAAUCAUGCACAGACUUUACCUUCACAGGGUGUGUUAAGUGUGCCUCCCCUUUGCUUAUGCUUUCAAAUGUGUGCGUUAGCUUUUGUCCACUUGGAUACAGCUCUUCUUCUAUCUCAUGCACACUUAGCAAUGAUUUUGUGUUUAGCUUCAAGCCGCUUCAAAUUAAAGACCAAGUGACUGAUUCUCAAUCGAACAUUCCACUAUAUGCUGGAGUUGAAAGCAGCUUUUAUCCUUAUUAUAAGACUUCAGACCCUUAUGCUGCAGAAUACAGAGGAUACUAUUUUAGAGGAACAUCAUAUAUGAAAUCGAAAGAUGUCGCUCCAUAUUUGACCAUAAGUCCGAUUUUCACUUUUGUAGCUUGGAUUAGACCCCACUCUAAUUCAGGGUGCAUUUUCAGCAAACAAGACAGUACAAAUUCAGUUGUCAACCUUAUUAAUUUUUCAUUGGUCACUGGUGGCUUCCCUUCUCUUACAAUAAAGAUGAAGAGUGGAGUUUAUGCUAGCUACUCAAGCAGCUCCCUCGCAGUUACCCUUUCAACUUGGAAUUUCCUCAUGGCGAGCAGCAUUAUUAGUGACACUCCAGCACAGCAAAUUCUCUUUUAUGUCGACACCUCAUUAGAUAACUCUCCUGAUCUUACAUCGUCCUGGUUUCAAGACAUCCAAUCCUCCUUUUUCAUCUCAAUCGGAGCAACUCUUUCAACCCUAUCCUCUUCCUCAAAUUUCUACACAGGGUUCUUAUGAAGCUUUGCUGUCUACAAUUCUCAAAAAAGCGCUGCUGAUCUCAUCCUCUUUUCUUCAUGCUCAGGCUGCUCUGUCUGCCCAAUUGCGCUGGCAAACGUUUGCCUUCCUGACUGUGAGCUUUCUAAUUAUUGGGAUGGGACAUCAUGCCAAGCUUGCCAAACUCAAUGCAACUGGGGUUGUGUGAGGUAUGAUAAGAACUGCAAUUUAUGCCAAGAUGUCAUAUGCAGUGUGUGUGACGAUUACAGCUCAGUUUGUAUCACCUGCAUGACGAAUGCUCAUUUAGCAGGCAUUGUGUGCGUAUGCGAUGAUAAUUAUUUUUGGGACACUGCAAAUGAGGUUUGCAGUCAAUGCGAUGUCUCAUGCGAUAAGUGCACAGCGGCAGGGAACAGCAACUGUGUAUCUUGUGCAAGUGGGUAUUUUACGAGCUCUGGAAAAUGUAUUGAUACCUGUCCGAGUGGAUUAUAUUUGUAUUCCGGGCAGUGCUUGGCAAGUUGUCCUGUAGGAUAUGUUGUGAGUGGCUCUAAAUGCGUCCUUGGUAAGACUUUCAUUUUUGAUCUGUCAUUCAAUUCUUUGAAAGGAGUCCUUACUGACUCGCAAAGCCAGAUCCAAGCCAUGACUGGGAAUAGUCAAGAUUUCUAUCCAACCUAUGACUCUGAGGAUCCAAUUGCUGCUCCAUUAAGGGGGUUUUAUUUCGAUGGCUCCACUUCAGUUAUGCAUCUCCCCAUUUUUACAAAUCUUACUUCAACAGUUUUGAAUUUUACAAGUUCAUUCACCAUAAGUAUCUGAAUCAAUCCUGAAAAAGAUGACGGUAUACUAAUAAUAAAGCAAGAUGCAUCACUGAGCACUGUUUUUUCAAUAAUGUUAAAAGCGGGAUAUGCACAGCUUGAGCUUCUAUUUAAUUCAAAUGGGAAAAUCGCCUUCACAUCACUAAAUAUUCUCAAAGUUUCAGAGUGGAACCACAUAGCUUUUACAACAGAUUAUCAGUCUGCCAAUACUGUAGUUAGCUGUUAUGUUAAUGGUGUUUUUGAUAGUGUAUCAGUCGCAAUUAGCGACUAUUUCAACGACUUAAAAACUGGGAUUACAGUCACUAUUGGGGCUCAAAAAGCAAGCAGCAAAUAUUUAAACUUCUUCAAAGGGUUCAUUUUUGAAAUCCAAGGUUAUAAUAUUGUAAAGUUAAUAUCCAGCCUUGCACUUCCUAUAGCUUCGUGCAAAGAAACCUGCCAGGCUUGUCCGAUUAAUGGAGUCUGCAUUCCGAAUUGUUUGAUUAGUCAGUUCUGAAUUGGGCCUGCCUAUAAUACUUGCUCAAGCUGCAAUGCAAUUUGCAAAAGCUGCAAGGAUUCAGGCAGCAAAUGCAAUUUGUGUUAUGAUAAAAAAUGCUUGGUCUGUGACUCAUAUAAUAGCGGAUCAUGUACAACAUGCAAAAAUGGCACUUCUAAUCCUGCAGACUGUCAAUGUACAGACAGCCUAGUCUGAAAUUCAACAGCUGAUUCUUGCCAAUCUUGUCCAUCAAAUCAAUAUGCUAGCGAUCACAUAUGUUAUGACUGUCCUGACUUAUGUAAAUCAUGCACAGGAGAGCUUGAAUGCGAUAGUUGUGUCGAAAAUGCAAUUCUUGACUCACAACUAUGUGUAUGCAAACCUGGAUAUGGUAAAAAAUCGACUUCAUGCCUCUAUGUUAGCUUCAGCGUGAACUUGACUGUAAACUAUGAUAAUACUAUAGCUUUAAAUUUCUCUGAUACCUUGAUGAAUCAUAAUUAAAAUAUGGCGUCUCAACUUGGGUCUGGCCUCUCGGCCAGACAGUUUCGAGCCCUAUUUUAAUUAUAUCCGGCAAGGUUUUGCUAACCUAAAAGGACGGCAAUGCUAGGUAAGCAAUUCUGGUUGUGUGCAGAGUCUAGCCCUUAGCCCAUUUUGGGAUUAGAUUUUACCUCGAGGGAAAGGAAGGGUUCGGAGUUGGAAAGGACAAAGCAGGUGAACCCUUCGGUGUCCUUGGUGACUGCGUUACCAAUAGGGGAGACCCAAGACUAAUUUCUAAUGUUAAUGAUACCUUGAUGAAUCAACUUACAGAGAGCCAAAUAACCUUAAAAAUUAGUAAAGGAAUUAUUAUUUCUUGGAAUAUAACUAUGAUAAAUAAUACCUAUUAUCUCAUCACCUGCACCUUCGGGGCAUCUGUAAGUUAUGGCACUCAAAUCACUCUCCUUUUCAAUGAUUUGACUCAGGUACUCUCAACUUCCAAUGGAAUGCUUAAAGACUCAGCUCUGACUGGGAUCCUUAAUAAAUCCCUUUUAACAUCAUCGCAGCAGCAAAGCUCUAUCACUUCAAACCAAGUCUCUGCUGGGACUCAAGCAGCUAUUGGGGUAAGUGUAGCUGUGUCGUGCUUCAAUCCCAACUCAUCUGGGCUAUGGGCAAUUUUGAAUACCAUUUCUUAUUUGUAUUUUAUCCCAAUAAGUGGCUUACCAAUUUCAGACAAUAUUUACUCCUUUUUUAACGCCAUGAAUAACGCGAAUUUAAUACCCAACUUAUUCGAUUUCUUUGUAGACCAAAGCCAGGGGCACACACCUUACGCAGAUGCUGUUAAAUUUGGGUUCAGCAAUGACUUGAUUUUAAUAAAUGCAGGAAACCAACUAUUGUAAUUGCCCGAGGAUGGCGCUAUCUUGAGCCAUCCUCGGGCAAUUUAAAAAAUGACCCCACACCGGGAAUUGAACCCACGUGUGGGGGGCCAUUUUGGUACGUGAAAGUCGAUGUUCUCCACAUAACAAAAAUGGCCCACACGUGGGUUCAAUUCCCGGUGUGGGGCCAUUUUUUGAAUUGCCCGAGGAUGGCGCAAGAUAGCGCCAUCCUCGGGCAAUUACUAUAACCGUCCUAUGCUAUAUAAUUGGCAUUUUCCCUAUUAUAUAUUUCCUCGCCAAAUGUUCAGAAAGGUAUAUCGGGAAAAAAUUUGACGCAAUUCUCAAGCAGUACAAGUUUUCUACGUUUUUGAGAUUUUGGGUGCAGUCUUACCUUGAUAUUGGAUUUGCAGCAGUAAUUGGACUAUUAACAGCAAUGCAGAAUUGGAAAUCGCUCCAAAACAGUCCUAUUGAAAUAACAAACACCCUUAUGUGUUUUAUAUUUACAGUAUAUUUUAUGUAGGUAUUGUUAAUUAUUUCUCCUAUAUCUUUAGCUAUUUUUUCAUAUAGAAAUAUGAACAAGGUCACUGAAAAGAAUAAUAAAAGCUUUCAUGAUGUUUGAGGCUCAUUUUUCUAUGAAUUUAAAAAUGACAAUGGUUUACUCAGCACCCAGUAUUACACUCUUUUCUUUUUAAGGAGAAAUGUCUAUUUAGUGUCUUUCGUUUUCUUUAGCGGUUCUCCUUAUACUCAGCUGACAAUCGGAGUUAUUUUAUGUAUUGCAGUAUUCCAUAUUUAGUUUACUUUUUAUAUAAUAGUUUAUGCUCCUUUUGAUAACCCUGUUAUGCAAUGGGCCAAUGCUUUAUCUGAAAUCGGGAUCACAGUCGUUUUCUUUUUGCUCUCUGGGUAUUUGUUUGAUAUGAGUGGAGAGAGCCUGGGAUACUUAGAUAACUCUGUGAUGUAUACGGUAAUUUCAAUUAUGGGCAUUCAAACAGUUGCUCCUUUAAUUAUCUCAAUUAUUACAUUAGUCCAAGUAAUUAAGCAGAAAUUGGAAGGGAAAGCAGGCUUGCGUUCUCGACCGCUUAGAUCUGCAAAGGUCAACCCAAAGAGAGUAGAAAUAAAUAACAUAAAUGAUUUCUUUGGUGAUAGCCAUUUCACUUCACUUAACGCAGGCGAGCAAUCUCCAAGUACGAUUUUCUUUGAUGAAACUAAUACAAUUUCUCAAAAGCCAAUAAAAUAUUAUUAUCCACCGAUGACUUAA